CAAGAAGAAAGAAAAAAAAUGGUGGAAUGAAGGGUUUUAGGGACCCAUCAUUCCAAACAUACAGAAAAAAGUGGCAACCAUUAGAGGCAAUGAUGGGGAGAGAGAAGUAAAUUAAUGGAAUUUUCAUAUACAAAAUCCCCACUUUUGCUUCAAACAGAACAGGACUUCUCAGCUUCCAUUUCCAUUUUUUUUUUCUUUUUCUCUCUUUUAAAACCCAAAACCACAAUGCCCCUGAUUUUCUGGCUUAAUAUUCGACGUGCUCGCCUUGAUGUUUGUCUCUCCCAUUUCCCUUCAAACGCCGACCACCCUCUUUUUCCCCUUCAAAACUUUCCCUUCAUACAUUUUAUUACAGGGGUUUUCUAAAUUGUCGUUUUUCUCUUCUUCAGUCAAAAUCUUUUACCAAACCCACUUGGUUUUUUGCCUUCUUUUGGUUCUAUUCACCGUGUUUUCACAUUUUGAGGCUGAAAAAUCAGAUGGGUUUUCGCCUACUCUCCUGUUUAUAGCUUCUUCAACCUCUUCAGUUUCAUAACAAUAGGGACAGACUUAGUAGUUUGUGUUCCAAUCUCAUUUUCUGGACUGAAACCAAAUCUUGUACAAUGCCUAUCUCACAAGAAACAUCCAAUUUUGAUGAGAUUUCUAUGAAGCAGAGUUUGAUUUUCUCUGAUUGUCUCAAGGAUUUAAAGAACCUGAGGGCGCAAUUAUACUCAGCAGCAGAGUAUUUUGAACUCUCAUACACAAAUGAUGACCAAAAACAGAUAGUGGUAGAAACAUUGAAAGAUUAUGCUGUUAAAGCUCUUGUGAAUACUGUGGAUCACUUAGGUUCUGUUACUUUUAAGGUUAAUGAUCUUUUGGAUGAAAAGGUUGAUGAAGUCUCUGGAACAGAGUUUAGGGUGUCAUGCAUUGAACAGAGGCUAAGAACGUGUCAAGAGUAUAUCGAUCAUGAAGGGCAUUCCCAACAAUCCUUGGUGAUAAAUACACCAAAGUAUCACAAGCGCUACAUAUUACCAGUUGGGGAGACCAUGAAUGGGGGUACCCAAACUAAAUCCAAGUACCAAGGGUGCAACCUAGAUGAUGAAGAUGAGUGGCACCAAUUUAGAAAUGCCGUCCGAGCAACUAUCAGAGAAACGCCACCAUCCAUUAUAAGUAAAGAAAAUUCUCCUGUGCCUUCUCAACGAGCAUCCCCGUCCCCGCAACCUAGAACAUUCUCAUUCACAUCUACCAUGCCCAAGAAGGAAUUAGAUAAGCGAUCAGUUUCACCACAUCGGUUUCCACUUUUGCGUUCUGGUUCGCUCUCGAGUAGGCCAAAGACACAAGGCUCAAGUCGAUCGACUACUCCCCACUCAAGUCGGCCAACCACUCCAAGUAAUUCCAAUGGCCAACGGCGGUAUCCUUCAGAACCUCGGAAAUCAGCAUCGAUGCGAAUACCAGCAGAAAGAGAAAGGGAAAGGGAAAGGGAAAAGGACAACAGCAAGGAUGUUGAACAAUAUCCCAGCAAAAGCAAGCGCCUCUUAAAGGCCCUGCUUAGCCGACGCAAGUCGAAGAAAGACGACAUGUUGUACACUUAUUUGGAUGAAUACUAGUACAAGAGUUUCAAGAAAACAAUGAACAGCAGUGGAAUCAGCUGGUGCAUGAGGGCUUCAAAUUCAAUUCUAUAGAGAUACCACUUUGUAUUGAAACCAUUUCUUUGUUACCAUUAUUGUAAUUCCAUAUAGCAGUUUUCCUUCAUCCCAUGCUGAAAUCAUUUCUUUGUUGUUAUUAUUAUUAUUUUCUUUUUUUUUUUACUUCAAAUUAUAGUAAUACAAGUGAUAUCAUCGUGGUACAUAAAACAGCGCCCUCUAUUCUUCAAUGUAAACUUCUUUUUUCCCUA